AUGGUUUCCCUGGAAUUAAAGGAGACUUUGGUGCAAAGGGAGAGAGGGGAGAGCUUGGUGUAUCAGGGUCCAGGGGUGAGGAUGGUCCUGAGGGGCCAAAGGGUCGUGUUGGGCCCCCAGGUGAACUUGGACCAAUUGGACUUGUUGGAGAUAAGGGAAAACUUGGCGUCCCUGGCCUUCCUGGAUAUCCGGGAAGAUUAG